CGCAGCUGGUUUGCGCUUCUUCCCCCGGCAUUCAUCGCGCCAAAUGGUUUCGUUCAGGUUUCACCAGUACCAGGUGGUGGGAAGAGCCCUUCCCACAGAGGCAGAUGAGCACCCAAAGAUCUACCGUAUGAAGCUUUGGGCCACCAAUGAGGUCCGUGCCAAAUCCAAGUUCUGGUAUUUCCUGAGAAAGCUGAAGAAGGUGAAGAAAAGCAAUGGGCAAGUGCUAGCCAUUAACGAGAUUUAUGAGAAAAACCCUACCAAGAUCGAUAACUAUGGAAUUUGGCUGCGAUAUCAGAGCCGAACUGGUUAUCACAACAUGUACAAGGAAUACCGAGACACCACCCUCAAUGGCGCUGUUGAACAAAUGUACACGGAAAUGGCAUCACGUCACCGGGUGAGGUUUCCAUGCAUCCAGAUCAUCAAGACAGCCACCAUCCCUGCAAAGAUGUGCAAAAGAGAGAGCACCAAGCAGUUUCACAAUUCUAAAAUCAAGUUCCCAUUGGUGUUCAAGAAGGUCAGGCCGCCAAGUAGGAAGCUGAAGACGACUUACAAGGCAUCAAGGCCCAACUUGUUCAUGUGAUUCAGAUAAAUCACAUUCCUUGCAUUUUGCUGAAAAGUCGUUUGAUUUAUUAGUGUGCUUUGGAAGAGCUAGAGAAGUUAAUCGUAUAGCGCCAAACAUCAUACCUGCAACUGCUAGCAUUCAAGUUUUGAGCAUUUAGUUUCGGAGAGUUGAUUUGAUAUUUUGCUGAUCCGCAUCGAUUUAUUCGAGGACAGUUUUGAAUUUAGUGACAAAUUUUGGCUUACUUUUUUCUGGAUUACAUUAUUCACAUGAUAUUUUCCUUUUUGUUGAAGAACUGAAUUUCCUCAGAAGCUCUCGUCAAGUGGGUCUGCCAAGUUUCAAGUAUUGUUGAUGAUGUUAUCCUGGUAACGGUGUCUUCUUAUUGGAAGGAAAUAUCUGAUGACCUUUAUGGCAGUUUUGGUAG